UCCAACUGCUUUGAGCCCGCUCGGCUCCCAUCCCUGGGCAGACAUGGCGGCCACGGUGCUAGCGAGCGAGCGGGGCCGCCGGUGCCUGUGGGCGCUGCAAUGCCAAAAAUGGAUUUGGAGACAAAGAUGCCUGAAAUUUGCUUCAGCAACAGAAAGAAGAAACAUAGGGAAGGUCCUCAUUGCAAACCGAGGAGAAAUUGCAUGCAGGGUGAUGCGGACGGCCAGAAAGAUGGGUGUGAAGUCUGUAGCAGUUUACAGUGAUGCAGACAAGAAUUCCAUGCAUGUUGCAAUGGCAGAUGAAGCAUAUUUCAUUGGUCCAGCUGCCUCUCAGCAGAGCUAUUUAGCCAUGGAAAAAAUAAUACAAGUGGCCAAAAUAUCAACAGCACAGGCUAUUCAUCCAGGGUAUGGUUUCCUCUCAGAAAACACAGAGUUUGCCGAGCUAUGCAAGCAAGAGGGAAUCAUCUUCAUAGGCCCUCCUUCAUCUGCUAUCAGAGAUAUGGGUAUUAAGAGCACCUCCAAGGCUAUAAUGUCUGCUGCUGGGGUUCCUGUCACUGAAGGUUAUCAUGGUGAAGAUCAGUCUGAUGAAUGUCUAAAGGAACAUGCCAGGAGUAUUGGGUAUCCAGUAAUGAUUAAAGCAGUUCGUGGAGGCGGAGGAAAGGGUAUGAGAAUUGCUCGGUCAGAAAAGGAGUUCCUGGACCAACUAGAAUCAGCCAGGAGAGAAGCAAAGAAGUCUUUCAAUGAUGAUGCAGUGCUGAUAGAGAAAUUUGUAGACAAUCCAAGGCAUGUUGAAGUCCAGGUGUUUGGUGACCAGCAUGGCAAUGCAGUCUAUUUGUUUGAAAGAGAUUGCAGUGUGCAGAGAAGACACCAGAAAAUCAUUGAAGAAGCUCCUGGGCCAGGAAUUGAGCCUGAGGUGAGAAGGAAACUUGGAGAAGCUGCUGUCAAAGCAGCCAAAGCCGUGAACUAUGUGGGAGCAGGAACUGUGGAAUUUAUUAUGGACUCUCAACAUAAUUUCUACUUUAUGGAGAUGAACACCAGGCUGCAAGUGGAGCACCCAGUUACUGAGAUGAUCACAGGGACUGACUUGGUGGAGUGGCAGCUGAGGGUUGCAGCAGGAGAGAAAAUUCCCCUAAUGCAGGAAGAAAUUGCACUCAGUGGCCAUGCAUUUGAAGCCAGGAUAUAUGCCGAAGAUCCUAAUAAUAACUUCAUGCCAGGAGCUGGACCCUUACUCCACUUGUCUACACCACCACCUGACAGUUUUACCAGGAUAGAAACUGGGGUCAGACAAGGUGAUGAAGUUUCUGUACAUUAUGAUCCAAUGAUUGCUAAACUAGUUGUUUGGGCAGAGGAUCGCCAAGCAGCAUUGAAAAAGUUGCAGUACAGCCUCCAUCAGUACAAUAUCGUAGGACUAAGCACCAAUAUUGAUUUCUUACUAAGCCUGUCAGGACACCCACAGUUUGAGGCUGGAAACGUGCACACCAAUUUCAUUUCUCAACACCAUGAUGAACUGUUUCCAGCCAAACAGGCAACCCCAAAUGAAAUUUUGUGUCAGGCUGCUCUGGGACUCAUACUGAAAGAGAAAAUGAUAACAGAUGCUUUUAGAGUUCAGUCUGGUGAUAAAUUCUCACCAUUUGCAUCCAGCAGUGGCAGAAGAAUAAAUAUAUCCUACACCAGAAACCUGACUCUCCUAGAUGGUGAAAACCAUGUGGACAUAAUUAUAGAUUACAAUCAUGACGGUUCAUAUAACAUGCAGCAUUCUGGAAAAGUACAAGAUUAACAUCUCUGAAAAGUUGAAUCCUCUAUGUACAGAACAGGGAUAGCAUGCUAAAAGUACAGUAAGAUUCUCCGUGCUGUCUCAACCCUGUUGUGGAAGGAUCACUUAGGAAGAGGAGGGGCCCCAGACUGAACAGGCUGUGGAGAAUGAACCAAUCACUAACCUCUCUGCUGCGAUUCCCAACAGUGGUGGUACUUAUUUCCUGUAGGAAUGGAGGUUUAUUUAAUCUGGACGCCUGUCCAUUUGGAAUUGAACUGAGACCAUCAUCUUACUCACGUGGAAUAUCAAACAGCCAUCAUAUGGUAACUAAUUUGGGUUACUGUUAACCUUGGCUGGAUUCUCAUUAAUAACCAAGGACUUCUAGGCAUAAAUAAUCCAAUUUUAGAGUCUGAUUCUACAGUCCUUCCUUAACUUCAUUUGGAAGUUUUAUCUGUGACACUUUCCCUAAUCCAGAAGUUCUCCUCAGAGCCUCCAUUGUCAGUAUUCCUCCUUCAAGUGCAACCUUCCUUUUCCUCCUCUAACUUUGGCAGAGCCACCCAUAAGCGUGGGUGGGAGGGGGAGAAUGAUGACAAGUGGUACUUACUAUGGAGAGUAACUUGUAUCUCUUCCCAAGGGGAGUUCAUUCAGCCUAUAAAUCAUUCUUCAUAAACUAGGAGUUCUUUCUAGCAAUUUCUUUUUAAACUUUUUGUUCAAGAAAUUAACCAUGCAUUGUUAAGCAAGUCUUGUCCCCUUAAUGUUACCUGGGAGAUAAUAGGGUUAUGACCGCUUAGGGUCUCUAGAGAUACCGAAGAAAUUAAUCUGCACUUACGGUGAGGAAAACCCUUAAAAAAUCAAAACAGAAUAUUUGGGGGGGGGGACACUACAUGGUAGAAUAUAACUGAAUAUUAUCCACCUCAGACUGGAGUGACUAAGGAUAUUUAAAUAUGUAUGUUAACACUUUAAUGCAAAUGGUUACUAGCAUGUCCAUUUGUAACAGUGAUUUUUGCCCUGGAAAUACUAUUCUAAAGCGAGAAUGCAGUGUUAUAGUCAAUCAUCAGCAACAUGGUUUAGAUGUGUGCUAUGACUGUAAAUGCUCCUUUGUAUGACUACAGCAUAACAUUUAGGCUUACUGGGUCAUACAAUACAGACAGGACCCCCUUAUCCUGCCUGUAUUAAUCGGUUUGGCCAUUCUUUCUUCUUAGCCCUGAGUACUGAAACACUGGUCAUGUUCCACAGCUGCAGCACUAUGAGAUAGCUUCCCUCAUUUUCCACAAUGCACUGAUACAUAGUAGGUAGAUGCACAAACUGAGAAUGGGAGAAAAACUCUUGUGGACACAAAAUGAACUAUGUUGCUUGUAACCCACAAGGUAAUUGUGCCGCUGACUGGUUACAAACUUACAUUAGGCUCUGUGCCUAUAACAUCUUUUAACAGUUAACAACUGUAUUUCAGAUAAAAGAUAAAGCUUUCCAUGUUUCUGGAGAUAUUUCUAAUGAGGGAGAUUCGACUUACCUGAGAUGUACAGUAAAUGGGAGUGUUUGUAAA